GUAAUGGUCGAUCAAUACUCCCGUCACUAAAUCCAUCUCACCUGGACAGUGGAGGAAGAUAGACUAGUCCAUGUAGCCUUCCCCAAUAAAAGUGAAUUGGUCUGUUGUCAGCAUGCGUUGUGAGAGCAACGUUGAUGGGUGGGUCUGUUGAUGGACUCAAUGAGGCAACAGCGUCAUUAUUGAGAAGCAAGCGUGAAGGCUGCGAGGACGGAUGUGGUACAGUAGAGGAAACUUUUGUUCCUUCAGUGACAAUGUGGAUUUGUCUUCGCGAUCCGGUGACCCAUUCAGGUGUGGACUUGUAAGGAUAUCUCUUCAUGUUCUCAAGGACUCUGAACGGAAGGAGGAAGCCAUUGGAGGUGAGACUUGUACCGUCCCGGAUCCACUUUACCAACUGCCUGGACCCCCAGGCUUUACAUGACGAAGGGGUGAUGGGGGAGUUCUGUCGGAAAGUGGUAGAGAGGGGGGAAUACCCUCGGUUACAAGUAGCAGAGAAGGAUGGGCACUUCUUCACCCUCAACAACACCCGACUCCACUUAUUCCGUCGUCUUGAGGAGUUGGGACAUUGUCGUAAAGUGAAGGUGGAGCGGAUUCCCCUUAAAGAGAUUCCGGAGGGUAUCCGACAGAUGAUGACUCCACCGCCAUCGAUCAAACAUAACAAACGAAAGGGUUACCAGCCAGUUGGUCAAGUCCAGGACUCAUUGAAAACUCAAUCAGAUGACGACAGUAGUGAUGAUGUCACUGAAACUGAGGAAUCCGAGGACUCGGACUCAGACAGCGAUUUAAGCGAUGAAGAAGAUGAGGAGACCUCUGAGGAAGUAUCAGAAAAUCAAUCACAAGAAGAGGAUGAAAGUUUGUUAUGACACGGAUUGUCCUUUUUCACAGCCAGUGGACGAAUAUUGACCUUCUCAAGGAUACUUGUAAGGAGAAUAAGCGCCAUAUAUGUACAGUAAAUGGCAACUAGGAAGAUUUACCGGCGACUUGUUCUCAACUCGACACUGUAAAUAUGUUAAUAAUUACUGACACUCGUUUUGCCUGAGAUUGUAUUUAGGUACCUUUCUGACGACAGGGACUGAAUUUAUUUCCUUUGGCCUGAUACCAUAUGCUUUAAUCCUGGAACAUAUGCAUGGAUGGUGAGAGUGUGAAUCAGAGAUGUUUUCAAUAAACUGGUGGAUACAAUACCAACCUACUGUCACCUUACAGAAGAAAACAAACAAUAGGGUAUUUAGCAAUCAAAGUCAGGGAGAAUUGGGACUUCAAACAGAAACAUAAUGAUCAUUCAUUUUGGUAAAUGGAUGACACAGAGAUUGAUUUACACUUACCGUUUACUCAUUAUAUUUUUAGAUGAGCGAGGUACGGUUUUUAAUAUCUCUGGCACUGAAAUGUACAUAUUCCAAAGUGUAUUGAUAUUUUGAGAGAAAUAAACAUUUCAAUUGUU